CAGUCCAGGUUGAAGAGUGCAGAACGCAUGAGCCUUACGAGUUCUCUUACCAGCUGUUUCAAGCCUAUGACUUCUACCACCUGAACCAGAAUCACAGCUGUAAGAUCCAGCUUGGAGGGACAGAACAACUGGGCAACCAGAUGUCUGGGCACAAGUUCAUACACAAGGUGACUGAACAGGAGGUGUAUGGGCUGACCCUCCCACUGGUGGCCAGCUCUGUGUUGGACAAACUGGAGAAGACGGCAGUGUGGCUGAACAGGGUCAAGACAUCUCCGUUUGACCUUUAUCAGUUCUUCCUCAGGCAGCCUGACAGCAGUGUGGAAUGGUAUCUGAAGCUGUUCACCUUCCUACCUCUGGCCGAGGUGGAGCGGGUGAUGGAGCAGCAGAGACAGGAGCCAGGCAAACGGGCCGCAAACAAACCUCUCGCCGCCGAAGUCACCAAACUGGUCCACGACAAUGAGAGGUGCACCAAUGCCCGGUACCACAGUAACCUUCAGGCCCUGGAGCAGAUGAGUGAUGCUGAGCUGCAGGAGGUCUUCAGAGAUGCCCCCUUCCAUGAGCUGCUGCUGGAGCCAGGRACCACAAUACUGGAUGCCUGCCGCAGGGCAGAGGACAUCCCUCGGGGGCCCAAAGUGUAUCGCAUGGUUUCAGAAGGAGCUGUAUGGAUCAACCACAGUAAGACAGACAACCCAGAACAGGUACUCAUCCCCGGCCAGCACAUCCUGGCCAAUGGACUCUCUCCUCAGAGUGGGAAAGAAUUACUUCCACAUCAUCAGGUGKCUCAAUCUACCCCUCGUCCCAAAAUAAAAGGUCACACAGUAGUUCGAAUGAAGUUACGCCUUGCCCAGUCUUGACGCAUUCCGUAGAACGCACACCCAGGAAAGCCAGUCCCAGGACUCAAACGUGAAGAUGACAAGGAGCUGAAAAUGUAUUUCCCCUUUUUGUCAUGGAAACCCAAGUGUUCGGUGAUUUUGAAGAGGAACUACAAAGAAAACGAAACAUAUCAAUUCUCCCUAAGGAUGGGGACGCUGUGCAAGCACUGAAUAUAAACACUAAAGUUGUGGCACUCAUAAAGUUACUGCCUCUAAAAGCAGUCGAUGUAGCAGUGUGCAAUUAGGUUUUAUUUCCUUUUUUGCUUUUUUUUUUACUACCUGUGUAUAUAUUUAUUUUCAUAUGUAGCACAUGAAACAUAUUAUGAUUGGGGAGGGGGGGGGGAACUAUGUAAAAGGCAUGAAUUUGACUUGAAGAAUUGCCGUGUAGUUUUGGUUCCAAAAUGCUGUUUAUGAAUCCUGAUCCAUUUAAAAAAUGAUUGGAUUAAAUAAUUGUUCCUCAUCAAAGUAUCCUCAUAGGUCAUCUGUAUGUAGGGAGAGAUUGAUGGUACAUAAUGUGUAGCCUUGUUUUUUGGGUCAUUUAAGUGUCACACAACGUGGGUUCUCAGCCACCCCAUGAAAACAAUGCCUCAAAUAAUGAUACAUUUCUGUUAUGACUAAAAAAGUAAUAUGUGAAGUCAGCCAAUAUUUAUUGUAUUUUGUUAAAUCUSUAGACCUACGUCGGUCACUUAAAUUCUGGAAUAUUUUGUUUUUUUACAAGUCUUCCUCUUCACCAUUUUUUAAAGAAGUGUAGCUAAUUUAUUUUUCUGAAGUGGUGUAGGGUACUAAUUUGCUGAAGGAUAAAGUAUCAGUUAACUGUACUGGUAGUAUUAAUCAACUUCAUCCUCUCCCUGACAUACUCGUCUGUCAGUUUAACGGUUCUUAAUAUUUUUUUUAACGAUUAGGCCUUUUUAUAUUUGAAAUGUCCUACAAUACCAAAUACAUGGUUGCUUCAAUACGUCUGUGUCGACGCUUUCACCAUCAGGUUGCCUUGGCAUUGUACUCCUGUUUGAUACAGAAAGAUAAUUUAAUUUGUUAAUCUCCCCCUUCUCCCAGACAUUGUUAGUGCAGAUCAUGCAAAUGUAGCUUCUAAAAUAACUUUAAUUUCGCCCAGUUACAAUCAGCCUUUGUUCAGAGGCUAAGAAUUGUCUCAAAGUAGUCACUCUGCCCGUGUAAAUCUAUUAAGUGUACAUAACUUUGUAAAAACACUGAGAWAUUAUACUAACUUAUUUAUGUCAAGCUUUUUUUAUGUAGAAUAAAAUGGGGUUUUGAUCAAGGUUAUCCAAAGUGGCAUUUACAUAUUUUUUUGUAAGCAUAUUUUUGGUAGUUUUUAUUUUAUCAAAAAAGGUUGCAACCUGAGCCUGAUUUAAAAUAUUUGAUGUGCAUUUUUCAAUGUGUGAUUUAAGAUGUGUUGCAAUCAAUUAAAACAGAAGAUAAAUCGUUCUGAUUUGUUGGUCAUGUUUGCACUGUUGAAAGGAACCUCUUCAGCCUACACACGGUCACACUCUUUCUCUCAGCGAGUAUACAGCAUAACGAUUUUAAUGUAUUUCGAUUACGCUAAUACAUAAUCCAUAUCCGUGUCCUUCAUAACUUGAUGUUUCAUACUAUAAAUUGCACAGAGAAACUGCAUGUGCUCUCAUGGGGCGGGAGGAAUCGCAUAGGAGGUAUAAUGUUUCUAUAUAGCCCACUAGUGAAUCACAAGUAAAAAAUGCCUCUCAGGACUCCAGGCAAAACGACCUUAAAUUUCAGUUUAAUMGAUUGCUGAGAUUGUCAUACCUCGGUUCUCUUCAUACCCACUGCUUUUGGGUUGGGAGUUUAUACAUUAUCAUCCUGGAAUAAAGACAYGAAGAGAUUUAACUCAACAGUUAUUUGUGUAGUUCUAGUGCUUUUCACAGCAGUUAGGAGUAGAUAUAGUAUUUCAGUAAUUGAUGUCAUUUUUUUAUCAAUGUGUUGUAUUCUCUUCGGCUCGCGGACAAACUGGAACUAACCCGUGCGCAUUCGGUACCAUGUGGCACAUUACGCAUGUUUCAAGCUUGAAGUAGCACGUAAUAGGGUUCGGUAAAUACAAACGAUGUUAUUGCUUCUACGGUUGCAAAAUCUGUCAAUUUUAAAAUAGUUUAGCCUGUGUUAAUCCACUAUAGCACUGCUGACCAAAUAUGCCGCCGUCUGCGCAGUGGCACUCCCAAUAUGAUGAAAUCGUAAAGUAUUUUGAAAAAUGCCUGGUGAUUGACGUUUGGGUCCUCCAAUCCGGUUAUGGCUAAGUAAAGCACACCACUGUUGCAGCCAGUUACAUUUGUCUUAUGGAAGGUUUGAACUGCAAUGUUUCUAGGGGUGAAAAAACACUCCCCACAGGUCCACAGUUGAAAUUAUAUAAGGUUAGUCACUGCAUGAAUUUAGUUAUAUUUCGUCACAGAGAAUACGCUAGUGUAGCCUACAUCCAACAAGUACUGUAAUUGCAUGCAUAUAGAUGUUUUAACUGUAGUUUGAAUUAAUUAUAGAAAAAAGGAUGUAGAAAUGUAUCCCUGAUACUGUAAUGAGCUUUUUUAAUAAAACAACCCUAUCAUA